CGAUUAUAACACGUGUCACUAUCUCAAAACACCCACGUCGGUCAGUCUCAUCCAAACUACCGAGAGAGAAGACUCCCGGGCUAUCCAAAACUUUCCCUGAUUAGUUUUUCUCGGGAAAAUUUUCUGGCAGAGGAAGGGAAACUCGGCCAUGAUUCUGAGGAAAGUAUGGGGAUCGGUGUGGAGCCGAUCGAAUAGCGGCAAGGAUCCGGCGAGCCAGAGCGCGAUUCAGGUUCCUUUGUCGCCAUCGUCGUCUUCUUCUCUUGGUGUGUUCGAUCAUCUACCGAUGGAUAUUCUGAUCCAGAUUCUGAUGCUGCUGGAGCCAAGAGACGCGGUGAGAUUGAUCUUAGCUUGCAGGGCGUGGAGAUGUCUGGCUGGUGGUAACCGUCUCUGGAUAUUCUAUCUCCAGUGUUCGCAGGAGUCUUGGGACUCCAUCUUCUUCGCCGAGACAAGUUUGCGUUCUGGUUAUCCUCUCCGAAUGCUUUCUAGUCAAUCAGGAGAGUUAUCUUUCAUGCGCAUUUAUGGUCAGAGGGAACAAGUUCCUGGCUCUAUAAUCAUUGAUGGUGGUUCUGGAUAUUGCAAGUUUGGUUGGAGCAAGUAUGCUUCACCUUCUGGACGUUCUGCUACUUUUCUGGAAUUUGGCAACAUUGAGUCACCGAUUUACGCCAGGCUUCAACAGUUCUUUGCAACCAUUUUCACCAGGAUGCAGGUUAAGCCCUCUAUGCAGCCAAUAGUGGUGUCACUACCCCUCUGUCAUUUUGAUGAUACUGAAUCAGCCAAGGCAUCAAGGCGGCAACUUAAGACUGCUAUCCUAAAUGUCUUGUUUGACAUGAAUGUUCCUGCAGUGUGCGCAGUUAACCAGGCUGUUUUAGCCCUAUAUGCUGCACGGCGGACAUCAGGAAUUGUUGUUAACAUUGGUUUUCAAGUCAUAACCAUUCUUCCAAUUUUGCAUGGCAAGGUGAUGCGCCAGAUAGGUGUAGAAAUCAUUGGUUUUGGAGCGUUGAAACUCACGGGAUUCCUUAAGGAGAAGAUGCAAGAGAACAACAUUACCUUCCAAUCGCUCUACACUGUUCGUACUUUAAAAGAGAACCUGUGUUAUGUGGCGCUCGACUAUAAAGCUGAACUUUCAAGGGACACUCAAGCUUCAAUGAAAGUUGCGGGUGAAGGAUGGUUUACUCUGUCAAAGGAGCGUUUUCAGACAGGGGAGAUAUUAUUCCAACCACGUCUUGCUGGACUACGUGCAAUGAGUUUACACCAGGCAGUCUCGCUCUGUAUGGACCAUUGUGAUGCAGCUGGAGUUACAGGUGAUGAUAGCUGGUUCAAGACUGUAGUAUUGGCUGGAGGAAGCGCAUGUUUGCCAGGACUUGCAGAAAGGCUAGAGAAAGAACUGCACGACCACCUUCCUUCUUAUAUAUGCAACGGAGUCAGAGUAAUCCCUCCUCCUUGCGGCGUGGACUCAGCAUGGCAUGGAGCAAAGCUUAUCAGUAACUUAAGCACGUUUCCUGGUCCUUGGUGUAUCACAAGGAAGCAGUUCCGUCGCAAAUCAAGACUAAUGUGGUGAAUCUCUCAGAAGUUUUCUUCUCUUCACGACCGAGCUAUUCUGUUAGUGAGAGAGAGACAGUUAAUAGUUGCCUGCAAAUAGUUCCAAGGUACUUUACAUGUCUGAAUGUAUAGUUAUAGUGUUCCAAUAUUGAUUGUCCUCCAUAGACAUACAAAACCAUUACGAAGAAUUAAGUUUGUUACAUUUACUUAUACAUACUCUGUUCAAAAUAAACCAUUUUGAAACCCAUUGCUGAUUUAUGUAUAUUUAAUCUUUUCACAA